AUGGGUCAGGAUGUGCUUGGUGAAAUAAAUUUUUUAACUCAUACGACUGAUGGAUGUCCUCCAUGGGUCGAUGUGAGUGCUACAUCGACUUGGGCAACAUCGAAUUUUGCAAAGUUACCGACGCGUCUGACCAUUCAUGAUUUGCGAGGCAAGGAAACAAGUGUAAAUAUUGACAUCAAUGCCAUUGAGGUGUGCAAAUACGAAGGUGAAAUCAAUGAUGAAUUUGACAACGACAGUGAAGCACAACAAAUUUACUAUGAUGAGCUUAUUUCUUUUCUCAAAAAUCGUCUUGGCGCUUCACGUGUGAUUAUAUUUAAUCAUCUCUUUCGUUCUCGCGGUCCACCACGUCCCGAUGAUCAGUGCGAUAUAAAUCACAAGAAUCCUGUCUUGUAUCCACAUGUUGAUCUUGAUCCACAUGGGGCUAGAUGGAAAAUGGAGCAGAUACUUGGCACAGAAGAAGCUAAAAAAGCAAUUCAGAAUCGUUUUCAAAUAAUAAACAUCUGGCGUCCAUUGGGUCCUAAUGUUAUAAGAAACAAACCAUUAGCUGUUUGCGACUAUUCGUCUCUUGAUAUACACAAUGAUGUCCAUCCGCUUGAAGUUCGAGGAUCUGUAAAUGCUCUCUCGGCUUAUACGAUAUCUCGAAAUAAACAAGACACACAAAGGUGGUUGUAUCUAAGCGAUAUGCGAUCUAACGAGAUGUUUCUUAUAAAAGUUUUUGAUAGUAAUCCAAAUGUUGCUCAAUUUUGCUUUCACACAGCUUUUGUCAAUGAACAUGUACCUGAUUCAAAUGUGGAACAGAAAAGUAUUGAAGCGCGCUGUCUUAUCUUAUAUGAUAAUUAA